UUAUGUAAACAAACUUACUCUCAGGUGUUUUUUUUUGCUUUUAAAUCGUUCAUUUUAUUUAAAACAUGGCUCAGUCAAACGAUAUAAGCCUGGAUUUUAAUGUCAUUUAUAACAGAGCUCUCUCUCCCUUGUCUAUAAACGACGACGAAACACUGUCUCUCAAAUUUACCGAGUUUCUUGUUGAAAAACUAAAGGGGUGGAAUUUUGAAAGAGGGUACUAUGGGGAUCGAGAUGCUGUACCAGGGAGCAACAUUUUUAAUACAUUGAAUGCAAAUGUGAGAAAUUCUUCCAAAACUAUUGUUGUUAUAACACCAGGUUUUCUGAAAAACUGUUGGUCAAAAUACCAACAUCAGAAUGCCUUCAAAUUCCUGUUGGACAAAGAUAAUUCUGAUUGCCUUGUACCGAUAGCACUUGACGUACAACCAGAUCAAGUACCACAGGAGCUCAAUAUUCAGACUAAGAUCUACUUCAGCAAGACAAGUUAUGGAUAUCAAGAAUCAAACAAGGAGUGGGAUAAACUGAGGAUGGCAUUUGAUAAAACCUACAGACCUGAAAACAGGGUUCACAGUAUGCCACAUACUCAAGAACAUGGUGACAACAGGACAAGGUCAGAGCGCGACAUUCUUGUAACACAUCCAAGAGACGGGGAAGCAGAAACUGGAAAAACAUACAGCACUGAGUAUAAAGAAACAGAGUACAGUACAAGCACAAUGCAAGAAAUGCAAUUGGAAGAAGUGACCAUGGACUUUUCUCCUGCUGUGACCCAUGUUGUGAUCACUCAGGACUUCUCUUCUAUGACUAUCCCAUCAGCACCUUUAGUCUCACUACCCCCAGUGAGACCACCGUCCCAUGUGAGCCCGCCAAGCAAUCUGAAAACAGAUAAUUCAAAUAUCAAGGCACCAGAAGUUGAAGAGAAAGUAACCUCUACUGUAAGUUACACUUCACAAUACAGUCUGUCGAAGGAUAUGGAUAUUGAAACAGAUCAGUUUGUACAAAAGCAAGUUCCACAUCUGUCUACAGACAUAUCUCAUGGCCAGACAGCUCCACCCAAAUCAUCCAAUUUAAGCCAGGUCUUAGACCAGUCACAAGGUAACUUGAGUGAUGAAAGGAAGCUAGAAGCUAGCCAAUCCAGUGGAAAGGACUUUACUGACGCUAGAACUAAGAUAAUUGAAGAUGAAAUAAAUAUUGAUAAGUCUGUAUUGCCGGACAUUACUACAGACCAUACAAGCAAUGACAGUACCAGUACAGUACGCAAGACUAUGUCCAAAGCUGAAGAUACUUCCAGCCUUUAUCAGUCAGAAAGUGAAUUACAGCUCAAUGUGACAAGCUCCUUGUCCCUUGAUUCACUUAAUCAAGACUCAACCAUGUCAAGUGGUUACACAUCUUACACUUCACCGGUGAAAGAAGAGGUUAUGAUGAGACAGGAACAAGAUGUGACAGAAAUUCAGAAAGUCAUUUAUAAGAGACAGGAACCAGAUGGUUCUGAUGAUCUGAAGUUAGGAGCUACUGCAAAAUCUGUGCAAGAAAUAUCAAACCAGUCAACUCACCAAGAUGGAAAUGAUGUCAAACACAUUUCUGAAUGUAGAAGCAAUAAAAACAGUAAGAUGGGGACUGAAACAGACAAAUUUAGUAACAAUAUUGCUUAUGAUGGGGAUACUGUAGCAGCAAGAUGUCAGCAACAUAUGAGGUCACUUCCAGCUCAGAUGACUGCCACUGUGGACGAUUUCUCUCUAGGACAAAAUAGAGGGGCUCAAUCAGAGAGAAGAGCAAGCAGUGCCUCCAUGUUUGGAUUUGGACGCGGGCAGAGAGACCAAAACAAUGGCUGGUUCAACUACGCAAUGAGAAUACUGUCAAGACCAGAACUAGCCUUCAAUUGAAAACAUGACAGGAUGAUUAAUGUUUACUCAAAGGUUUUUAGCUCACCUGUUUGAGGAAUAAAGAGAGCUAUACAACUCGCAACGGCGAGGUCCUGUUCGAGUUAAAGGGCAAGUUGGCAUUUUCACUUAUAACACCAAUACCUUCAUUUAAUUCUCUUAGUACUUCACACAGAUGUUCAGGAAUAUCAAACAAUAAGGUAACAAAACUCCAUAUCUUGCUAGAUACAAAUUAUGGCCCCUUAUCGGCAUAUGAACUUAGGGUUAAAGUGAUAGGGCUCAUAAGUGUCACUCAGGUUAAUUUUUUUUGGCAAGUUGGCAUUUUCAGUUAUAACAACAAUAAUUUUCAUUCAAUUCUCUUAAUACUUCACACAGAUGUUCAGGAUCAUCACACAAUUAGGUUACAUAACUCCAUAUCUUGCUAGAUACAAGUUAUGGCCCCUUAUUGACUAUGAACUUAGGUUAAAGUGAUAUGGCUCAUAAGUGUCAGUUGAAGAUUUUGGGCAAGUUAGCAUUUUCACUUAUAACUCCAAUACCCUUCAUUCAAUUACUUCUAACUUCACACAGUUGUUCAGGACUGUCACAAUAUUUGAUAGGUUAGAUCACUCCAUACCUUCCUAAGUAAACAAAUUAUGGCCUCUGAUAGGUUAAAGUUUUAGGGCACAUAACUCCAUAUUUUCUUAAAAACAAAGGAGCCUGAAAGUCUCAUGCAUUGUAUGACAAAUACAUGUAUCUUGAUGCCGUUUAGUCAAGUGACAUAAUACCUCACACUGACAAAUGUUUUAAACAGAUACAUAUUUUAAAUUCUUAGACAAUGCAGCAUAUAGUCGAGCAUUCUGUCCUACGACAGCUCUUGUUAAUAUACAUAGAUACUCUUGUUAAUAUACAUGGAUACGUAAUGUGUAGGGUAAGAAAGCUUGUUGUUUUAUAAAUGAAACAUAAGUUUGUUAUUGAAUUACAACUCUUAAGAACUCUGCAAAUGCAUGGAAGGAACAUGAACACUGUACAUCUUUUUCUGACUUUAAUUCAGCAUAUUUGAGUUUUAUGAUUAACUUAUAAAUCCUUGAAAACGGGACGUAUAGGUAUUGUCCAAAUUCCUUAGCACAAGAGCUCUGCGCUAGUUUUGUUACAAUAUCUGGAGCCAAGUUAUUGUGCUAGAGUAUGACUUGUUCAACAAACAUUCUAACAUCAAUGACUGGGGAUGCUGAAUUACACAGAGAUGUGCACGUCAACCGGAUAUACUUGUUGGUCUAUGUUACAUAGAGUUAUAGCCCUUAAAAUGGUACUUGUUUCACCAUUCUUGCCCAGGGUGUUUCUCUCAGCAAUCUUUGGCUUGAAUUGAGCAAUAUUUUAUUUAAAGUUUCAUACCCAAAACGGGAUGCUCAUGUCAACAGCUAGUUCCAGCUGUAUUAAUUACAGAGUUAUAGCUCUUAUUUACCACAUAGAGUGCCUGUACCACUAUUUUGUGUCUGUAAAGUUAUAAUCAAUACUUGCCAAUAUCAUUGGUUGAAAAGCAGCACCAGUCCUUUAUGAUAGGUUGAGGUAUUCAUACAUUUUUAGAGGACUACAUUUUUCAUUGUUACAGUACAGAUAAUAUUUUUGUUACAGCAUGUUAAUGACAUUUUUAGUAUGAAUUACAUAUGACAUAUAACAUAUCUACAUUAAAAGAUGUUAAGAACUAUAUGUCCCUUUAAAGUUUAAAUUGUUAACCAUUUUUAGCUCGACUAUUCGAAGAAUAUGGAGAGCUAUACUACUCACCCAAGCGUCGGCGUCGGCGUCACCCCUUUGUUAAGGUUUUGCGUGCAAGCACACAUAGGAUAAUAUCUCAGCAACUACUUGAGGUAUUGUAUUGAGUCUUUAUACAAUGGUACUCAACCAUCCAACCUACUUAAUUAACCAAGUUUGAUAACUCUACUUUGCAUUUAAUGCCAAUAAUAGGCCUUUAUUAUUUGACUUAGAAAUUCUGGUUAAGGUUUUGCGUGCAAGCGCACAUAGGUUAAUAUCUCAGCAACAACUUGAGGUAUUGCAUUGAGACUUGAUAGAAUGGUACUCAACCAUCCAACCUACUUAAUUAACCAAGUUAGAUAACUCUACUUUGCAUUUAAUGCCAAUGAUAGGCCUUUAUUAUUUGACUUAGAAAUUCUGGUUAAGGUUUUCCGUGCAAGCACACAUAGGUUAAUAUCUCAGCAACUACUUGAGUUAUUGCAAUGGGACUUGAUACAUUGGUACUCAACCAUCCAACCUCCAUAUUUAACCAAGUUAGAUAAUUUACUUUGCAUUUAAUGCAAAUAAUUGCCCUUUAUUAUUCGACUUAGAAAUUCUGGUUAAGGUUUUGUGUGCAAACACAUUAUUUUAAUAUCAAAGCAACUACUUGAUGUAUUGCAUUGAGACUCGAUACAAUGGUACUCAACCUCCAUCCUACUUAAUUAACCAUGUAAGAUAAUUUAGUUUCAUUUAAUGCAAAUAAUUGCCCUUUAUUUUUGACAUAGAAAUUCUGGUUAAGGUUUUGCGUGUAAGCACACAUAGGUUAAUUUCUAAGCAACUACUCGAUGUAUUGAAUUGAGACUUUAUAGAAUGGUAUUCAACCACUCAACAUAAUUGAAUAACCAGGAUAUAUAACUGUAUUUUGCAAAUAAUUGCCCUUUAUUAUUAGACUUAAAAAUCUGGUUGAAAUUUUCCAUGUGACCACAUUUAUGUUACUAUCUCAGCAUAUCAUGAAUUCCAUUGAAAUCUAAUCUAACAGUGAUCCAUGCAUGUUUGACCAAAACUUUUCAAUCCUUACACUGAAAAGCGGCGGAAUAGUCGAGCGCGAUGUCUCUGUGACAGCUCUUUUUAUAUUUUAGACUCAUAUGUUAUUAUUAGUAUUAUUAUUAUUAUUUGCUUUUUGUUAAUAUGCCCUUGUGUCAGACAUGAAAGGGCUGUUAAGUUUUUGGAUUGAUUGCUGUCUUUGAAAGUGUAAUUAUGUGAUUUCAAUGUUUGUUAAGAAUGAAACAAACAACUGUAUUUGUAUGAGGUUGAUAAAAUAUUCUAAGUAUGAAGAAUAUUGGCUCUUGAAGAAAUAAAUUGUUAUAAUUCAUUGUAAAAUUUGGUUAACCCACAGAUGAAAUAGAGAUGACUUCAACUAAAUGUCCGAAGUUUAGUUUCCCAUUUGAGUUUCAUUACCAUUACGUUGCCAAACGAGAUACAUGUAUUUAUAAAGUAAUAUAUGCUUUAUUUUGUUUAAACUUUAUUUGUUUCUAGAUUUUAUAUGUGUUAUUAACCGGUGCUUCCGUUUAUUAUUAACAAAUUUGAAUAUUAUUUUUCUAGUUUGACUGUUUCAAUUUGUUGUAUCUUUACUUCAGGUGUAUUCUGCCAUUCCUCUGUGUGUGAGUACCCAUAUGUUCUUAUGUCCAUGUUCGAGCUGUAACUCGAUAAUGCCUUGUUGGUAUUUUCAUAGGUCAAUGUUUCUUGUUCUAAAAUGGGUGUCAAAUUCAUCAAAGCAGAAAGUAUAUCUUUAUUUGUUGUAUAGGAAAGUGUGAAUAAUAAACUGCAGAGGAUUUUAUUGUUGUGCAACACAAUUCAUUUUUGUUGGCGCUUGGCAGGGGCAGUGGUGUCUGUGAGAAUUGUCUAGUUUUACUUUUGGAUCAAAUGUUAAUCUUGUUUGUAAGCUUAACAUGAAAUGUUUGAAAUGUUGGUAAAGGUUUGGGUCCAUGAUUUUAUUAUAUUUGCUUGAGAUAUAUAUAACAGAUGUGUUUUUUUAUAUAGAUUCUCUGUUCUAUAAAAAAUGAUAUUUAUGCAAUGUUUAUAUUUUUGCAGCACACAUUUUGUAUCAAAUAUUUAUGUUGUUUGAACAAAAUUGCCAUAAAUAGCUUUUUACAAUCUCUCAUCUUUGCAGCAAAUGGCAUUUAGUGUUAAUUUAUUAUUGUCAUUAACCGUGCAAUUUUCAUAGAUAUUUUAUAUUUAAAUAAAUUUCAACCAUUUUGUAAAAUUGUAAAACAACUGCAUGUGUCACAUAGUGAUUUUGGUAAGUAAACAUGGCACAAUUUUUCCUACCCUUCUAAAAUUUCGUUUUUUAAAAGUGUUGUUGUUAUUUUAUUUUAGUGCGAAAUCAUCAAUUUGUUACUAAGAAAUACUUGGCCAGUAUUCAAUUCAUACUUAAGUCAUUUUCAUAAGUUAAGAAUCUCACUUAUAUCUGAAAUACUUUAUUUUCAUUGAUUUGAUUCAAAAUACAUACUUUCAUGUAAAAACACUUACACUUUACUUUCAAUUUGGCUACGCAAGUUCUAGGAACUUAUCUAAAGUAACGAAAUGACUCGAGAUGUUUUACGAAUACUGCCCCAGAAGAAAGAAAAACACACAACAAACCCCAUUGACGCAAACAGAUUUGUUGUAUGCCAUCCCGAGUUUUUUUUACUAUUUUCUACGCCUUUAAGUUGUGCCUUUCUGUUAGUAAUGGACAGAAGUUAUAAGCACCCUAGGGAGACGAUUUAAGUUUAAUCCAUUCGUCCGUCUAUCUAGAAACACUGGAUCUAGCAACAUCUCAAGAAGUAGACAAGCCAGGUUUAUGAGUAUUUAGUUAAGAGUGCAAUAAGGACAUAAUGUUCACCAUUCUUUUCAUAUGUCAUACAGAAAAAGGGGUUGCUUAUAUGGCAACGAAAUAGUGAAAAUAUCUCUGCCUGGAUCUUAAUAAGUGUUGGAGAUAUGUCUUUGAAACUUGUUAUGUGGAAGAAUGAAAAAAGGAAAGUUUGCAUAAUAUUUUCAAAAAAAUGUGGUAGUCGCUAUUGGGCAGCAUAAAAUGUGUUAUUGAAGAAAACCUGCUUAAAGUUAUGACAAGAAGUACGCAAACUUUAAAACUUGGAAUUUGGUUAAAGGGCAUAAAGGAGAUUAUUUACCAUUAAAUUAUUUUGUCAGUAGGAAAUAUGGUAAUAAUGUUAAUAUGGAAAAAAUGUUUUUUAUCAAACAAAUGCCGUUGCUAGCUGCUAUAAGAAUCAAAACCAAACUAGUGAAGAUUAUACUCAAUAGUAUAGAAGCAUAUCUACCAUGACUUUUGUUAUAACAUGUAUAUGUAUUUGAGAUUUACUUCUUCAUUGUUUAAUUCUCCUUUUUUAUUGCUUGGUGACUGAGAUUUAUUAAAUAAACUGUGUUUUAACCUACAUGUAUGCUAUUUUUAAUAAUGCAUUAUCAUGAUUUUUUACAAAUGUUGUAGAUUUCUCUAUUUAUUUCCUGUUUAAAAUUACUUUGCUGAUCUUGGGAGAAGAGUAAAAUAAAAGUUUUUAAAGGUUU